GGAAGAUGGCGGAUGACAAGGAUUCUCUGCCCAAGCUUAAGGACCUGGCAUUUCUCAAGAACCAGCUGGAGCGCCUGCAGCAACGAGUGGAAGAUGAAGUCAACACUGGUGUAGGCCAGGAUGGCUCACUCUUGUCCUCCCCAUUUCUCAAGGGAUUCCUGGCCAGCUAUGUGGUGGCCAAACUGAGGGCUUCAGCAGUAUUGGGAUUUGCCAUGGGUACCUGCACUGGCAUCUAUGCAGCUCAGGCAUAUGCUUUGCCCAACGUGGAGAAGACAUUGAGGGACUUCUUCCGAUCACUACGCAAGGGUCCCGACUAGCUCCAGAUCCCAUGGGGGAAAAAGGAUGAGCAACUGAGCCUACAGAGGCUGUAUAGUGGCUUGUCAGCCUAUACCCUGGAUUUCUUCCUUGCCUGGCUCCAUGAGACUGACCCUGUGACUUUGGUUCUCUCACCCCUUCCUUUUCCAGCCCAAACUGUGGGAUGUGCCACUGACUCUGAUCUUUAGUAUUUUCUCUGACAGUGUACCACAGCUCCUCCCUCUUGGAAACUGGCUUUAUAACUUGAUCUCAAAUGGGAUUUCUUGCCCUUUGCUAUCUACACAGGCCACCAAGG